CGUCGCUAGAUGGCGCUUCCCUGUGGUAGGCAACCACGGACGCUCUGGCCCUGAGCCAAUCUGCCUGGGACGGAUUACCUUCCAGUAAUGGCGGUAUGGAACUGGACAAUCGUUUGACUGGGGAGUAAGUGAAAGCUGGUGGUGUACAUAUUUACACCACAUUGCGUGUAAACGGGCUAAACAUGGGGACUGACCGUUAGUGGACCUACAUGCACACACGGUAUAGAGGAAUUACACGUACCCACAGGUCGAUUGGAUCUUAUUGACAUUUAAUGCUUCAGGGAUAUAUAUAUAUAAAUAUCAAGAUGUCGGACGUCCAACCUCUGAUUGCCCUGCUGGAGAUUAUGCUCAAUCUCUCCAACCACCGGAAAACAACAGUAAAACCAGGUGGUCACCCAGACAACAUAUUCGUCGACCUAACGGAAGAGGAGAAAGAGGAAUUCGAAUGUUCCAUCUGUUACCAAGUGCUGAAGGAUCCGCGGAUGUGUAUUAACAACCACAAAUACUGCUACCCGUGUAUAUUUGUAUGGACAACAAGCGGCUACGCAGAAAACCACAGCAAGUGUCCGGUAUGUCGUGUGCGCAUGCCGGAUUCUUACAUCAGAUGUAGGGAACUUGCUGAGAGAAUAGGGUCCAAGACCGUUAAGUGUCUGGUUAAAAGCUGCAAAUGGAAAGGUCCUCUGAAGAAUUUAGGGAUACACCAACAUACAACGUAUACAGAAACGGGUCUGCCGUACCGACCAAGCAACAGGGAAGCUCAAAUGUUCCGUGAAAAUGACCUUCCACAAUUGGUAGACGCUGCACCCUCAACCACGGACAAUUAUAAUAUCAGAGACGAUAACGAAACAACGUCAUCCAACGGUCGUCUGUUAAUACGGCCGACAGCGGAAACGAACAAUGUAACAUCUACCUCACAAGGUCGUCUGCUGUCAAGAUCGACAGAACAGCGGGCGCCAUCUGGUGUAGGUCACACGCGCUCUAUAGCACGCCGAAAUGUAAGAGUGGCAACUAACUCUGAUAAUCCUACAAGUUCUUUGUCCACUCCAAGAACUCCACAUCCUCCCUCUGCUCCGCGUCCAUCCGGGUCCCAAACCCGUCGUCUACCAACCCUGCCGAACAUUGUCGGCCAUGCUCAGUCUUCUUCCAGACAACCAACCGCUACCACCAGAAGCAAUGCCACUUCUUCCUCCAGAAACACUACCUCGUCAACCAGAAAUUCCAACUCUGACACCCGACCCCAGGGUUCCACGAAUGCUAGCCGACUACGGGCUAGGAAUAGAGAAGAACAAGACAAUCCUAACAAUAGAAAUAUUCGCGAACGCCUCCGAGAAAGUAGGAACAGAUUAGACUCUCUCAUGACCACGUUUUCGUCUGAGUUAGACAGAGGGCGCAAUGAUAUCGCCGCCUUCCAAGACCAACGAGAGCGCAGGCGCCAGGAACAGUUAGACGAAGUACGUGACCUGGGAAGGAGGUUGGGUCAGGUCGCCACUGAGUUGCGGCAGUUGCUGGACCACAGGCGACAACUCCGGGACGACAUAGAGGAGACCAUUAGCGAACUAUAAAUCCUCCCCAGGAAUAACAACACUCGAGGUGACGACUUAUAAAGCCGGUGAUAAUGCUGUAUACAUAUCUUACUUGGUCAUCGUUUACAAUAAAAACACAAAUGUUGUGUCCACAACAGUAAGUGUGAGUGUCAGGAGAUCUAGAAUUUUGUCGUCAUAGGACCUACAAAAUGGACUCGAUAUCUCUACUUUUGUGAUAUAUAUGCCGGUGUUUCCACUGGCAUCCGUCAAUACGGAUCCAUUCUCAGAACCAGAUUGACACACACUGUGAUGUUGGAGCUACUAACGAUGUUUGGUAUAGUAACAAAAUGAUAUGUUUUCCGACAAAGAAGAAUUUUGUCUUGAUUUAGUGUCAGUGUAUUGUAUUCACAUGUUCAUUUGUCUUGUGUAGACGUCGCUAAUGAGGAGUAAGAGUGUAGCGUGGAUGAAUCGUCAGAAAUAUUGUGUAGAUUGAGAGUACAGUCAUUAUCAUAUGAGUCUUGAGAGUGAAGUAUAUGUUUUAUAAGAUGUAUUGUCAGACGUUUUCUGGAUUAAUUUAACACUCGGCGAAUGAAGAUAUACAUUACUUAAAGAUGAUACAUCAAACAACCCAUUAACAAGCUGUUGAAUUUUAAAUCCUUAAACUGAAUAACAAUACUUCCGGAGGACGGCUUCUUGGUGGGAGAGAUUUAUUGGUUCGAAAGAAAGUCCUUGUUUUUUCCGAGGGUUCGAGAGAAAUGUCAGCAGAAAACUCCUUGUUGUCUUGAGGAUUAGAGAGAUCGGGUCUUUUUUUGUUCGAGAACUCGUUGGUACUAGUGUUAGAGAGAAAGAUCCGGUCGGUUCGUGAGCUGAAAAGAAUUGUUGAUUUGAAAGAAAGGACUUGAGGACGUGUAAUAUAAAUUCUACAAUGUGUAAAAAGAUAUCUUAAAACAUGGAACGAAUUUGUUUUGACAAAACAUGUUUGAAACGGUCCGGGGUAUAAUUAAGGGAAAUCCGUCUGGCAAAUUAGUCAAUUAAUGUGUUUUCUCGUGAGGUACUGUCCCUUUUACCUUUGCUGGACAAGGUAGAUGGAAAAAUCUUUCUUUUUUUUGUUUUGUUCAGAUAACCUUAUAUUAUGCAGACUGAUAUUUAAGUGAUAGUUCAUAAAGACUAGUAUUUCCCUGUACAUUUAUGUUUGAAUUGAGUCCAUUGUGAUGAACGUUUGUAACUGUAUACUGCUGAUAUAAGACCAGAUUUCCUCCAUAUUACCUUUACUCUAUCAUCGCGAAUUUGGUUAUACUGUGGGGUGCUUACUGGAGCAAUUUUAAGGUAUUUCCAAGACAUCGGUCAUUUGAGGGAGUUCAUUGAAGACUUUGCCCCAGACUAAGUUGGGGCAGUUGUGAUAAUCUGUAUUAUUUUGAACAUCUUAUAAUCAAACUCAAUAUGACAUCAUACCAUUCACCAGAAAUUCGGAAGUUACGGAUUGUUCAUGUCCUUUAUACACGAUCGUUUCGUUCACUUUCUCUAUGUGUAGGGAAAGUGAGCGUAACCCCCUGAGUAUCGAGGAUUUUAUAAAACUGCUACCAUCCGAGGAAAUAGUGAAACUCGCGACAUAAAGUUGUACUCUGACAAGUGGCCAGUAGAAAUACCUUAAUCAAAUGCCUGGUUUUGUUUUCCUUUUUAUUGUUGUUUUUGUUUGAAGUUCUGUAAACUGUGCUAGGGCUGAAGCCCAUCAAACUGUUGCAUAGUUAAGAUUAAUUCUUGUUUUUUUUUAUUGAUCAACCUGUGAUAAAAAAGCCUGUUAUGUAUUAUAGUCCUCACCUUGAAGGUCAAGCACGUGUAAAACAUGUCCCGUUAAACGUAAAAAACACACCUCGUGACAUGUAUAAUAAACGUCCCUUUUCACGUGUAAUACACGUCAUUACAAGUGUAAACACUCCUCGAUACACGGGUAAUAUACAUCCCUUUACGUGUGAAAUAUGUAUGUCAUCACACCUAUAUACAAGUGUAUACAUGUACAUGUAAGCGAAGUACGCGAUAGCCAUGUGUAAAUGUAAUAAUCAUUGCACGUUUAUAUGAAGUGGCCACGUGUAUAAUUAUCGUUACACGUGCUUGUGAAGUGACCGAUUACCACGUGUUCACGUAAUUGGCAAUACACAUGUAUGUUGAUAGGGCGAUUACCACUUGUACAUGUAAUUGUCAUUACACGUGUAUGAAGAGUUCGAUGAUCACGUGUACAUGUAAUUGUCAUUACACGUGUAUGAAGAGUUCGAUGAUCACGUGUACAUUUAAAUGUCAUUAUACGUGUAUGAAGAGUUCGAUGAUCACGUGUACAUGUAAUUGUAAUUACACGUGUAUGAAGAGUUCGAUGAUCACGUGUACAUUUAAUUGUCAUUAUACGUGUAUGAAGAGUUCGAUGGCCACGUGUACAUGUAAUUAUCAUUACACGUGUAGGAAGAGUUCGAUGAUCACGUGUACAUGUAAUUGUCAUUACACGUGUAUGGGAGCACGGUAAAAACGUGCACAUGCAAUUACUACCUUCGGUGGGAGGAGCUAAAUGUACUUGUUAAACAUCCUACCUGUAUACAGGAAUGGAAUAACCGAGUACUCCUGUAAUUACAUGUUUAAUUAUAAUUAUAUAAAUAGUAAUAAAUAAACCUUGAUUAGCAUGAAAUGACUUUAUUUUUUCCAACUUUUGUUAUAUUGAACUUGAAAUUAAAAGUUUUUGUUACUUUUAGAGA